AUGCGUAGAUGGAACGCGAAUACUCCUCCAACGGUGCAGGAAGUAGUGAAGGAAUUACAUGUGCUCUUCCAGUGUGAACGACUGGAGGCGGAACUACAGCCAAACGUGAGGUCUGAGGAAUUUUACAAGAGAUGGGAAGCUUUCAUCAAUGCCACUCUCACACCGACUGAAAUUAACCAGAUUAUGACACCUUUCCAAUAUACAAAAUGGGCAGUGGUGGAAACCAGGGCCAACCUUAGCGUUCUCUUCAGGGUUCCAUUGGUUAUCAGCUGUAUGAAGGGGAUUCUACAUGCCCAGAAGAAAUUCAAACUAGGUGGUACCCAUACAAAGAGUUCUCAGUCAUACCUCAUCUUCUUCUUGGAGAUCUCAGCCAUCACUCUAUGUUCUUCUGCACCAGAGGAAGAGGAACAUCCGCCUCUCUCAGUCGGCUUGAGACAAGAAGAGUCCAUCAUAAACAGUGAACAUGCUGAAGCCCAAAUUCAUGAGCUCAUUAGACGCAUGCGGGAGAGAACCAGCCAUUACAAGGAGAAGCUGUCUGAUGCAGAUGUCUCGUCAGCUGAAGGAAGCCCCACCACAAGUAAUUUUACAAGUCUAGACAGGGAAGAGCAACAUUAUUGUGACAUGCUCUGCUGCAAGUUCAAGAAGCGACCGUUGAAAAAAAUCAAGUUCAAGAUGCCAGACUCCAUUGAUAGCUAUACAGAUCCCUACUAUCUCUUUUGGCUGCUCAUUGUUUCAAUUUCCUUCAACUGGAACUGCUGGUUCAUUCCACUGCGAAUUGUAUUUCCUCUUCAAACUUCUGACAACCUAUUCUACUGGAUGCUAGUUGAUUACACAUGUGAUGUUUGUUACCUUCUGGAUAUCCUUGCAUUUCAGCCACGUCUACAAUAUAUAAAAGGAGGUGACAUAGUGGUAAAGAGAAAACAAACAAGUAAACAUUAUUGGGAAUCCACAAAGUUCAAGCUUGACGCAGCAUCUGUGGUGCCAUUUGAUCUUCUGUACGUCGUGUUUGGAUUCAAACCAGUGCUGAGAAUGAACCGAAUAUUAAAGUAUGGUACAUUCUUUGAAUUCAAUGAUCGACUGGAAGCUGUCCUCAAAAGAGCUUAUAUUUACAGGGUCAUCCGAACAACUGGCUAUCUCCUGUUUAUUCUUCAUAUUAAUGCAUGCAUUUAUUAUUGGGCCUCCAAGUACGAAGGCAUUGGUAGCACCAAAUGGGUCUAUGAUGGAAAUGGGAACAUGUAUCUGAGGUGUUACUACUAUGCUGUUCGAACUUUAAUCACCAUAGGGGGACUUUCAGAACCUCAGACAAUAUUUGAAAUACUCUUCCAACUGCUAAACUAUUUCACUGGAGUCUUUGUCUUUUCAAGUUUAAUUGGGCAGAUGCGUGAUGUUAUUGGAGCAGCAACUGCAGGUCAGAGCUAUUACCGCUCAUGUGUUGACAAAACUAUCUCAUACAUGAACACAAACAAUAUCCCUAAACACGUACAGAAUCGAGUGCGUAGCUGGUAUGAGUAUACGUGGGAUUCACAAGGAAUGCUAGAUGAGUCAGAACUUUUGGAGGAAAUGCCGACAAGAAUGCAACUAGCUAUUGCAGUUGAUGUCAACCUGGCUAUUGUUAACAACGUGGAAUUAUUUAAAGGUUGUGAUGCCCAAAUGAUUCAAGACUUGUUAUUGAGGUUGAAGUCAAUUGUCUAUUUACCGGGUGACUUUGUAUGCAAAAAGGGGGAAAUUGGAAGAGAAAUGUACAUAAUCAAGCAGGGUGCUGUGCAAGUUCUAGGUGGACCUGAUGACAAGAAAGUCCUGGUUACACUGAAAGCCGGAGCUGUGUUUGGAGAAAUCAGCCUGCUGUCUACUGGGGGAGGAAAUCGGCGAACGGCAAAUGUGGUGGCACAUGGAUUUGCUAACCUAUUCAUUCUAGAUAAGAAGGGUCUCAGUGAGAUUCUGAUCCACUAUCCAGAUUCCAAUAAACUGCUGACAAAGAAAGCCAAGAAACUGCUGAAGGAAAAGGGGAAACCAACACAUCCGGCAGUUGUAAACAGAGGCUUUGCUCACCUCAUCCCUCCAAAACAAGAAACACCAAAACUGUUUAAAACCUUAUUGUCAGCUGCAGCUAAUAAACCCGGAUUACGCCUUCUACAGAAAGUGAGGAAUCAACGAGAGGGAAUGAAAAACCAAGGAUUGAACAGUUCGGAAAUGAAUACCAAUGCAAGUGAAAAGCCUGUAGAUCAAGGAGAGCAGGACAAGAAGAAAGAGGAAAAGAACACAUCCAAGCAAGCAAAGGAUAUCCAGCAAGAUAAGGCAAAGGCAGAUAACACAGAUGGUACAAAGACAGAUGUACAAGCGGACACCAGAAACAAGUCCUACAUUAUAAAGAUGUCACCUUCAGCCAAGGCUGGAGAAGGAGAACUGCUUACUGUGGAAAUCAGAGAUGCUGCAAGGAAAGACCGACGAGACGUGGAAGAGGAUCCUGCAGGAGAGAAUUCUACCCUGGACAACAUCACUGCCUCCCGCCUUCAGGUGACAGUGUUCAGCUGCCGUUCCCCCACGCUGCAGUCUUCCUGCAAUGACGUUAUCAUCUUGGCGGGCAGCGUCUUAGCAGGUGGUGGAGGAAGGGAGCUCAGAGCUGGUCAGUUGAUUGCGGCAAAAUCUCAGGAUCGCCCCUUGUUUAUAGCUAGGUGGGAGAGGGAUUUGGGCUAUGCCCUUACUGAUGAGGAAGUCCGCACAUCGUUCAUAUUAACUCACAAGCUUUCCAUGGCAUGUUUGGCUCAGGAAAAGGGAUAUAAAAUUCUAACGCGAUGGUACCGCUGCCCGGCCCUUCUUCACAGGAUCUUCCCUGAUAGGCCAGCACAUUGCUGGCGCUGCUUGAAAGCAGAGGGCACACACCUUCAUAUUUGGUGGAGCUGUCCGGUGUUAUUGCCUUUUUGGUGUCGUGUCUUUGACAUAUAUAACCAAGUCAUGGGAACUUCUUUGGCUCCAUCUCCUAAGGUAGCCCUCCUAUCGGUAUUGCCUGGCUCCCUGGCCUCGGUCAAGAAAGACCUGCUUCGCUUCUUUGUGGCCGCUGCCCGGAUGACUAUCCCUCGCCACUGGAAUACUGCAGUCCCCCCGACUGUGGGGGAGUGGAUUGCUGAACUGUGCCUGAUUAAGCGUUAUGAAGAGCUGACUGCUUCCUUGUCCGAGCGUCAACCCCAAUGUGCAACACUAUGGGCCCCUUGGAUCUUAUAUAUGGACUCUGCGGCAUACCUUGCAUU